GACGAGCACGUUAAUUGUGAGUAAACGCCAAGGAGAAGGAAUGGGCUGAAUCUGAAAUGGACUAACCCGCUUCAGGUGACCUUCUCUUGGCUUUUUUUUUUGUUUUUUUGUUUUUUUUUGUGAAGGUUUAUCGCUUAACCCGGUGCGGGCGCGGGAGGAGCUGCUUUACUGAGGCAGCAAAUCCAGGUUUAAGGAAUUCUGAGGCGUUAAGUCCCGCCGGUGAGAAGGGAACAGCCCGGGUAGUUCUUCAGGAGCGGUGUCCUUAAAAAUAAAAAAGAGAUGGCCUAGAGAGAGAGCGCAGGGGGGGUUCCGGACUUUCCUUUUCCUCCUCCCCAUGUCAAUAAGUUAUUAAGUAGGGAAAAAAAAAGAGGAAGAAGAAGAAGGGUUUUGGGAGGAAUUAAAAAUAAUUAAUAUUGGGUGGCUUCUGGCAAGUCGACCAGCUUUACCGCCGAGCGCCGAUCCCCGCCGCAGCCAGUUUGGCUUCCCCGCUGCAAGAAACGCCGCAGGAGCUUCCGCGCUUGGGUUUGGGAAGUUUUAUUUAAAAAGUCGAGGAGAAAAAGGGGAUAGAAGACUUGUGAAGACGCAAAAAAAAGCAAAAAACCCACGAAACACUCUCGGCUUGGCCGCUGUUGGACUCGUGGACAGAAGCAAGGCCCGACGAGCUCCUCGCUGAGGGUCGCGGCGCGGAGCCCCCCGGCACGGCGCGGCACGGCAUGGCCGCCUUCAAGCGGAGCCGGGCGCAGGCCUGGCCGGAGGAGCAGGGUGACCGUGAGCACGGGCUGUACAGCCUGCACCGCAUGUUCGACAUCGUGGGCACCCACCUCACCCACCGGGACGUGCGGGUCCUCUCCUUCCUCUUCGUGGACGUCAUCGACGACUACGAGCGGGGCAUGAUCCGCAGCGGCAGGGACUUCUUGCUGGCGCUGGAGCGGCAGGGCCGCUGCGACGAGACCAACUUCCGACAGGUGCUGCAGCUGCUGCGCAUCAUCACCCGCCACGACCUGCUGCCCUACGUCACCCUCAAGAGGCGACGGGCCGUGUGUCCGGACCUGGUGGACAAGUACCUGGAGGAGACGUCCAUUCGCUACGUGACGCCCCGAGCCCACGGCGAGACGGAGCACGGGCUCGGCCACCCCCAUAAAUCAGUGCCUCCCCACCACCCCGUCGUCUGCUGCUCCCCCGCGGGACCCCAGAUCUGCACCAAGCGGCCCGGCCGCGGCAGGACCCUCCUCGGCAGCCAGCGCAAGAGGAGGAAGUCGGCCACGCCGGACCCCAAGGAGAAGCAGACCUGUGACAUCCGCCUGCGGGUGCGAGCCGAGUACUGCCAGCACGAGACGGCGCUUCAGGGCAACGUCUUCUCCAACAAGCAGGACCCCCUGGAGCGUCAGUUCGAGCGUUUCAACCAGGCCAACACCAUCCUCAAAUCCCGGGAUUUGGGCUCCAUCAUCUGCGACAUCAAGUUCUCAGAGCUCACCUACCUCGACGCCUUCUGGCGCGACUACAUCAACGGCUCCUUGCUGGAGGCCCUCAAGGGCGUCUUCAUCACGGACUCGCUCAAACAAGCCGUGGGCCACGAAGCCAUCAAACUGCUGGUCAAUGUGGACGAGGAGGAUUACGAGGUGGGCCGCCAGAAACUCCUGAGGAACUUGAUGCUGCAGACAGCGCCCUGACGGCCCCCCCUCCCCCUCCCCCCCCCCCCCCCCCUCCCCCCCCCCCCCC